AUGGCUGUUCCCCUACUACCGUUGAUUCCAGCUUUAUAUAUUCUGUAUCGGGCUCCGGAGUCGCCGAGGUAUCUCUUCAUGCUCAAUCGAGAAGUCGAGGCUCGAAAGGCGUUGAGUUACUACCAAAAUUCAUCAGACGCUCGGCAGACUGUCGAUGAGAUUUUUGAAGAGAUGAAAUUGGAAGACGUCGACAUCAACGCCAACAACCCCAAGAUGAAAAUGGCCAGGGAGCCGGGGGCCACCCAAAUUUUCCAGCGCCUAAAAGAUGGCUAUUUCGCAAGGCCGCUCCUGAUUGCCCUCUUCGUGCAGUCAUUUGUGCAUUUGGACGAUUGGCUCUGGAUCUCUUACUCGACGCAAAUUUUCGAAAAUGUUGGCCUGACAGCGAAUCGGGCACAGAGAGCUUCCUUAUUGAUGUCGUUGCCGCAGGCCAUCAUCUCCCUAGCCUUACUCGGCUGUUUCGACAAUUUCUCCAGAAGAGCUCUACUGAUCAUCCCCACCAUGGCCAGUGUCGUUUUUGGGAUGUUGGCCAUAUUCUUCACGACAUUUGAGAAAGCCCUACUCCACGGCAUUCCCAUCGCCAUCAUCCUGCCCGUGUUGGCCGCAUUUGACCUUUCGGCUGCAGCGAUAUCCGGCGAAAGCGCUUUCGCCAUUGUCCCUGAGCUUUUCCUGCAUAAUGACAAGAUUCUGGGCACGGCGAUUGUUGGCAUUGCACAGAACGUGUUCGGCGGCAUUCUGACGAACUGCUUGCUGACGGCGGUGAACCACCUCGGUACCGGGAACGUGUUGGUGCCGUUCGUGGGGAUGAACGUGGUCUACGUUGUCGUCAAUUAUUGGUACUUGCCGGAGACGGCCGAGAAGACGCCCCAGGAAGUCUCCAUCCACUUCUCAGCCGAUCCCCCUCUCCAGGGCACCAUCACCUACAUGUCGCGAAAACUCGGAGACCUCUACCACUUUUUCGUCCCGGCCAAGCUGUUCAGCUUCGCCAAUAUUCUAAAUAUUCUAAUUUUCGUUGCGCAAGUCGCAUUUUGCGUCAUUUUUAUGAAUGUCUUUUACGGGGUCGGGGUCCAGAUUUUCCGCUUACUGGUCCAU